UUCAAAGCUUCAUCUCUGGCUUUGAUCACGGUGGUGGUUGUUCUUGUUCCUAACGAUGGCCUCAGAUCUCUCUUCGUUGCUCACAGCCUCCAAAGGCCUCACUUCACACUUAUCCAAGCCAGAUCUCCCUUCCGUUAAUCUCUCUCUGGACCAGAUUGAAGCGCAGUCGCGAAGACUUGUGUCGAGGCAUCCCGCAACCUCUAACGAUACUGACAAGGCUCAUUAUCUGCUUGCCCAAGCACGAGUGGAUGCAUCCGCUCUUUCAAAUUCCAUUGCUCAACUCAAUGCCGCGUCUACAUUCAUGCCCUUGCAGCCCAUCCAAGACACCGACGUUGCUGGGUAUCUACGUCAUGCGCACGAACAAAAUCUUAUUUCUACUAUUGAAGAGGGAAGAAAAGAAACCCAAGACGCGUUCUAUCAGAUGCUCGAGGACCGCAUGAGCAGGGAUUGGGAGGCAAAGAAAAAACGCGUGUUUGAGGAGUUGGGUGCAAGGGUAAAGCCUGACAAUCGGGCUGUCGCAGAGCUGAAGAAAAGCUUACAUGGCAAGAGCUCAUUGCUGGCCGCUCCUCAAUCGACCCUCAGUCUUCAAAUGCAAAGCAAAAUGAUGGCCUAUGAUCGUGUUGUCACCGAACUGAAUGCUGCUCGACUACGUGGAACGACUUACCCCAUCAUCCACAAUCUCUUGGACGUGUCGCUCUCUCUAUCCUCUGACCCUCACACAAAUCAAAUGGCACAAACUUUCCACAUUCUCUCAAAAAUUACACAAGAGCCACCAAGUUUACCUCCACCAACGCACGCUUCCUCCUCCAUCUCACUCAUCAAUACACCUUCGUUCUCUUCCCGAAAGUUUUCCAAGGCAUACCUCUUGUCGCCCCAAAACUCGCGCGAAGCUGUUGCCCUUCGAAAGCAAAUUACCACUGGGGCGCGUGAAGCUCUCGAAGAACAGUAUUUUACGGUUAUUGAUCGGACGGUUCAUACACAUAGCGCGCAGGCACAGUUGGGCGGGGAUCCCACAGUAGGUAACAAGAUACGAGCUUUCUUGGCCGUUCGGUAUUACCGAGGAGGCGAAUGGGAUGAAAGGAUAGAAUUGAUUAGAGGGCAACCGGUAUGGGCGAGACUUUUCUUUCUGGUCAGGACAGGACAUGCGGCUGAAGCUGUUGAAGAGUUGUAUGAGCGAGAAGGUGGGAUAUGGAGGGAAGCUCUGGAGAAGAAAGAAAGUGGUUUCGUGGAAUGUUUUAGGAUGUGGGUAGAGAGUCCUGAGAGAAGGUUACCACGAAAUCAUAGAGACCAUCUCCAGUCGAUAUAUAAUGCUCAUAUGCUCCACUCCAAUACCGUUGAUCCGUUCAAACUUGCCCUGUACAAACUUGUUGGAAAGCUGGAACCACAGAGGCGUAGCGUUCCGUACGUGACGACGACAACGGAAGACUGGCUAUGGUUCCAGCUUGCGAUGGUCGACGAAGAGGAAGAAGGAGCAGGGCUGAAAAAUUUGGCGCAAGUUCUUCUUGGUUAUGGAGAACGGCACUUUGACGGUCAGCCUGGACAAGGAGAGAGGAGAGGAGUCUGGGCUGCGGUAUUGCUAAUGUGCGGAGAGUUUGAGAGGGCAGUCGCAGCGCUUUGGGAGCACCAAGAAACAGAGGUGGAAGCAGUACACUUGGCUAUAGCAUUAGCUUAUCAAGGAUUAUUGCGUGUCCCGUCGCGAGCAGAGACGUCGGAUCUUUCACCGUUAACCAUUUCACCCAUCAAUCCACCGGCACUCAAUCUCUCGAAUCUCAUCUGGCGGUACAUUCGCCAAUUCGUCAAGAUGGACGCAAAAGAAGCACUGCAAUACGUCUACUGUGCGUGCCUUUCGUCGGAUCAAGGUGACGUCGGAAAAGAACAAGUCGAAAAUGCAUGGGAACUUGUACGACGAAUUAUUGUCCUCGGUAAUGGUGGACCCGCAUGGGAGGAAUUGGUCGGUGGAUUCCGUCCGGAUGGGACACGAUUCACUGGUACAAUCGAGCAAUAUUCACCUCUACUCAAUCUCCCCGAUUCUUCUGCUUACUCUACCCACAUCCUGGUUGCGUCUGCGCAAGCUGCUGAAGCCAACGAUCGUAUCUCCGAGGCUAUCAAGUUGUAUAAUCUCGCUGGAGAUUACCACACGGUUAUCUCUUGUCUCGCGCAGGCACUUGGGAAUACAAUCGCUCAAGCGAGCCCUGAUGAGAGGGCGAGAGAGAUUGAGAGGACUGCUGUUGAAAUUUUAAGGAGUUAUGAGAGAACGAAUCGUGGAUUGGCGGGUGGUAGGAAUAAAGAAAGAGAGGCUGUUGGAAGAUUGUUGAGAGUUCGGGAAGCCAUGGAGCGGAAGGCGGAGGGACGACUCGAAGUUGCACUCGAAAUCCUCGAAUCCAUGGAUCUCGUGCCCCUUGAGGGUGAUGUUGCGAGAAUCACGCGUCGUGCUGAAGAAUUUAAGGAUUUACAUGAUACUCUGCAGAGAAACCUACCGACGUAUCUAACGCUGAUUAUGGAUGUUCUCGCUGGCGUUCAUCAGAAAGUAAAGAAUUCGAUGAUUGCUGACGCUACGAGACAAGUUACAUUGGCGAACCUGAGAAAAAAAUCGAGGUCCCUCAUGAUCUUUGCUGGUAUUCUCAAAUACCGCAUGUCUCCCGAUGUGUACUCCUAUCUGGCUAGGCUGGAUGUUGAGAUAGCGCUGUAGUUGUAUUUUGUCUGCAUACUUGCAUAAUUUAGUCGUUGCUCAAUAGAAUCUCUUGUAACCAA